CGUGCUUGUUGCAGAGUCCAGUGGGAAGCAGCAGCUUGGGGCUGGGCCUGCCGGAGCGGCGGGCAGCAGGGACCCGCCGGGCUGCGGUGCUCUGGGCCUUCUGGGCCAGCGGCGAGGAUGCUCCUGAGCUUCCGGAGGAGCCGCAAGAACCAGUUCAAUCACAUCAUCCAUGGCUUCCUCCCUGCAGCCAGCAUUGCUCCAAAGCCAGCUGUGCCACGCACACCUCCUCCCCGCAGUCCUGACCCAUCUCCAGAAAGACCCAGAUCUGCUCUGGCUGCGGCCAUUUUGGCAACUACACUGACCGGACAGACUGUCGCCAUUCCCCAACCUCGCCAGAGAUCCCGAUCUGAGAGUGACACCUCCUAUGCUGAAAAGGACAGCUUCAUCGAACCCUAUGCAACCACCUCAGAGCUGAGGCUUCGGCAAAAUACACAGAGUGAGACAGGAAGAAGAAUUUCUUUGCCAUCCUUUGAGACAGUAGGCUAUGGGGAAGAAGGGGAUGCCGACACACAGGUGUCAAUUAGCUAUAAGGAGUCAGAGUCCAGCACCUGGAAGGGUAUGGGAGAUCGCAGAGACUCUGCCUAUGCUGUGCCACACAGGAACCAGGUACCAGUUUCACAAAAAAUGCCCAGUGAUGAUGAUAUUUCUGAUGAAGAAGGGUUUCCAGAUUCCUCAUCUUCUACACCACAGCACGCUCAACAAAAAGAUGGCAAAUACUCUGUUCUGAAUUUAGAGGAUGAAAAAGUGCCGCUGUGCGAAAAACCUCCUCCCUCUCCAGAUGUAACUGGUAGAAUACAUAAAAGAUGUGUAGAAAUAACCAAAGAAAAGUUUGAGGAAUUAAGAGAAGAAAACUUGCACUUAAACACUACAAACCAAGCCCUCAUCCUGGAACUAAAUGCAGUAAAACAAGCAAUGAAAGAAUUGCAGUCAAAACUCAAGAGAGUGGAGAAAGACAACAGGCAGCUGAAGGAGGCGGAGAAAGCAUCCGCUCAGGAAGGAGCCACACCGGAAUUGCUUUCUCUGAGGAAGCAAGCCCAAGACCUGGUGGAGGAAAACAGUGGGUUGAAAAUGGUUGUCCAUCGUUUGAAUGUAGAACUGAGUCGCUAUCAAACAAAAUUCAGGCGUUUGUCUGAAGCAGAGAUUUCACAUAUUGAAGGCCUCCCACCCGAGGGCCCUAUACCACCCUGGUUGCUGGAUAUAAAGUACCUUUCCCCGCUGUUGCUGGCUUAUGAAGACAGAAUGAAAGAGAAGGAGGAGCUCCACGCCAGCCUUGAGGAGGAAAUGAGAACAUUUAGGAUUCGAGUCCAAGAAGUGGUGAAAGAAAAUGAAGGCUUGCACCAAGAGUUAAAUAAGAGUAGUCCUGUUACCAGGGAGGACUGGCACCAGCUUCAGGCUCAAGCAGAACUGGUGUUAGAUGAAAACAGGGUGUUGAUCGAGCAGUUGGACAUUCAGCAAGCCAAGGUCAAGGACACCCAGCAGGAGCAUCUCCUAGAAAUUUCUAAGCUGACUAAACAGGUUAUGCUUCUGGAGGCUAAAACCCAGGGCCAGGAAAAGCAGCUGAUAGAAAGCAAGGAACAGCUGGAGAGUUUACAGGCCAGAUGCCAAGAACUCAAAACACAGGCGGACAGCAAGAUCGCAAUGGAUGUUCACACCUCCAUCGUCAAUGAACUAAGGAGCCAGUUGCAAAAAGAAGAAGAGAAAGAAAGUGCUGAGAUGGAAGAGCUGAUGGGAAAGCUGGCGGUCCUGCAGGUGCAGAAGAAGAGCCUGCUUCUCGAGAAGAGCAGCUGGGCUGCCAGAAACAGAGCACUGGAGGCCGAGCUGGACCACACACACAAAGCAAACAGGUGUUAUCAAAAGAAAAUUGAUGUCCUCAAAAAGCAAGUGGAAAAGGCCAUGGGGAAGGAGAUGUCUGCUCACCAGUACCUGGCAAACCUCGUUGGCCUGGCAGAGAAUGUCACCAAGGAACGAGAUAGUCUUAAGUAUUUGGCUCAGUGUUUAGAAAGUGAGAAGCAUGGAGUUCUCAACAGGGUCCUGAAAGGCAACGUGCGCCUGGGGAGGCUGGAGGAGCGGGUGAAGGGCUAUAAGAAGCAGGCAGCACUGAAGCUGGGCAGCAUCCACCACCGUCUCGUGGAACAGCAGGAGGACUUUGCAGGCAAAACAGCUCGGUACCAGCAGGAGAUGAGGCACCUCCACCGGAUGCUGCAGGAAAAGCAGGAGGUCCUGGAUGAGGCGUUGCAGCAGAAAAGAGAAAUGGAAGGUGAGCUUGAAAUUGUUUUGGAGUCUACUUCCAAAGAAAACCGAAGAAUUCGAGAACUUCUCCAGGCCACCCUAGAAAGGAGAGCCAUGGAGGACAACACCAGGGUUCCCGGGGACUCCUGCCUCACUGGUAUUGCUCAGGGGAACCUGCCGACUGCCUACAAUUUCAACUGCUGUGACAUGCAGCCUCCUGCCACCACUGCCCACCAGAGUCUUGGGGAGUCUAUGGCAUAGGCUCGGCCUGAAGUGUCUCCUUCCCAAAGGCUGGUAAAGGGUGGUGGUACUACCCGGAAGGGCCAGUGUGGCCAGGAGACACGUGGGAGCCCACAUAGUGCUGUAGGCAAGACAGAAAUAAACCAGCUCAGACACCCAA